AAAUAAACAUAGAUAGUGGUAUGGAUAGUUUAAAGUACUCUCCCUUGAAAAAUGGCAGCGCACAUUAAUCAAUGUGAAUUGGCUUUACUUUUCGGAUUUAAUAAUCUCGUUAAUGAUCCAUCAGACAUUGUCAGGGAUUUUUUGCAUGGACAUUAUGAACAGAUUUUACAAUCAUCACAAGCAGCUCAACAAAUUCUUAAUUACAAAGAUGGGACUAAUGAGUCUACAGACUUUUGCAAGUUUGUACAACACAAUGUAGAACUACUGGUUCAAAACAAAGAUGACUUGAACUCAUUUAGUGAGUUGUCUGUGCUGGUGGUUGCUGGGUCUUGCCUUCAACUGUUUAUACAAAACAAUUGGCUUGGACCAACCACUUCAAGACCCCCAUUACAGUUUUGUCAUCAAUCUUUUCAAGAUAAGCAAAAUGAAGUUGAAACAGAGGCCAUAAAUGAAAUGAGUCUUGAUGGUGAUACUGUCUACACACAAUCUCGCCAUUUGAUUUACCUGUACAUUGCCAGAACCCUGCUUCUUGAAUGCAGAUCCUUUUUUUCACAUAUACAGACUUGGGAUUGGUGGCUGUUAAGAUGUCUACUUGUUCAGCAAAACUUGCUCUCUGAUAGAUCUCCAACCUUGAAAGCUACAGUUUUAGAACUGAUUGACGAUUUAUCAAAAAGAGAGCCACUAAUGACAGAUGAGUUACUAAGAAACACCCAGAUAAUGUUCCACAUAGAAUCUGGCUAUGCUUGCCAUGCAUUCUUUGAAUAUAAAAGAGCUUUUGAGCACUUUGCUACAGCUAAAAAGUUAGCAGGCUUAGAGAUUGUCUUGACUGGUGCAAUGGGUAAGCGAACACGUUACCAAGAGGAGGAUAAAGCUCAGCUGGUUCUGAAGGUAUCCAGAGAGGGAGAGAAUGGAAAUUGUGAUGUCAAUUUUCUCAAGUCCUCUUCUUUACCCAAGGACUUGCCACUAAAUGAUGACACUGUUUUGAAUGACAUCAAGUUUGCGGACGAUUCCAUUGCAGAUUCUGUUCAACUCACACCCCUAGAGCAGGCUUUAGUUAUUGGCUUAAUGGAAAGCUACAGACGUAGUCGUGCCAAUGAUAGGUUGACUGAUGAGGAAAUCUCAGCUUACCUGACUUAUGUUCUCAGUCGUGUCACCAAUUGGUGUGUUAGUGUGGUGGCACUGUACCUCCGAUCACGGCUAGAGCGAGACAGUCGCAGAAGAGUUGAAAGAUCCAUGAUGCAGCUGGAGGAACUGGCAAAAGUUGUUGGAACUGAUGAAUCAGGUGCAGACAUUGGGUGUCGUAUGCCAUUGUUUUAUGCUGCCAAUCUACCUCCCAUUUGGAGACUUCAGAAAGAACUGGCCAAUUUGCUUUUAUCCUUGGGCUGUAUUGGUGAAGCUCUAAAUAUUUUUGAAAGGCUGGAAAUGUGGGAAGAUGUUAUUUCUUGUUAUCAAAAACUGGGGAAAAGAGAACGAGCAGAAGCUGUGAUAAGAGAACGUUUAGCCAUUAAGGAAACCCCAUCACUGUUAUGUUUUCUUGGCGAUGUCACUCGCAACAUUGAACAUUAUCAGCAAGCUUGGGAGCUUUCUAAUCAUAAAAGUGCUCGUGCCAUGAGAUGCAUGGGGUACAUAUAUUUUCAUGAAGAAAAGUAUCAGAAGGCAGUUGAAUGUUUUGCCACUUCAUUGAAAAUCAACUCACUGCAAAUCCCAGUUUGGUUCACUUAUGGCUGUGCAUCUAUGGCUUGCCAGAACUUUGAAGUUGGUGUCAAGGCUUUUAAAAGAUGUGUCAACAUAGAUUUUGAUAACUUCGAAGCCUGGAGUAACCUUGCCACUUGCUAUGUCAGGCUAAAACAGAAGAAAAAAGCUUAUGCAACACUUCAGGAUGCAUUAAAAUGUAACUAUGAAAAUUGGAGACUUUGGGAAAAUAAUCUUGUUAUUGGUACAGACUGUGGAGAGUUUGAAGAUGUUAUUAGGUCCUACCAUAGGCUUUUAGAUCUGAGGGAGAAGUGGAUUGAUAAAGAGGUACUUAGUAUUUUGACAAGAGCUGUUUUGGAGAAAAUCCCAGAUGCUGAUGGGAGACCAGGAGACAGGUUGGCAGGGAAAGUUUGUGAACUGUUUGGCAGAGUAACAUCAAAAACAACAUCUGAAGGAGAUAUUUGGGCAGAUUAUGCUAAACUCACCAGUAUAAAAAUAGGAGAAAAAGAACCAGAGCCAGAGAAGGCGCUACAGUACCUUCAGAAAUCUCAUCGCUGCUACACACAGAAAGUAGAUUGGGAGAAAGAUGUUGACAUGUGCAAGAAAGUGGCCGAGCAGGCAUUGAACCUAGCCCAGGCUCACAUUCUGUGUUCAGCUGGGAAAACUCAGCAAGAAAGUCUUCAGAACUUGGCUGCUGCUAAGCUGAUGUUGAAUGGAACCCUGGUGAAAAUUCAGAAGCAACACACAGAUCCCAUAACCAAAGAACUGCUGCUAGAAGUGAAAGAGAAGUGCCAGGAGAUGGAGGAUAAGCUCACAGAGAUUGUGGCACAGAUCACAAACCUGAGGAAUAGUUGAUUUUUUUUUUUUCUUCUCUCUGGCUUUGUAAAUAGGA